UAUAUGUUGGUCGACAUCUUUCUGGUGAAAAUUUGAAUGAGAGAACUGGACCACCAUACGUUAAACUUUUGUUCCCAGGUUGCGUUAAAAUUUGAGCAUAGAAGUAGUAAAGGAUGUAAUUAUGGACCACCAUACGAGUGGCAAGUGUACAAAAUUCUUGGUGGCAGUCAUGGUGUGCCUCAAGUACAUUACAAGGGCAGACAUCGAUUAUUUGGGACAGCUUCUGUGGAAUUACUGCAUUUUAGAUGAAGGGCAUAUAAUCAAGAAUGCUAAGUCCAAAGUUACACUUGCUGUAAAGCAGUUAAAAGCCCAACACCACUUGAUAUUGAGUGGGACUCCAAUACAGAAUAACAUCAUAGACUUGUGGUCCCUUUUUGAUUUUCUAAUGCCUGGAUUUCUUGGAACAGAGAGACAGGUAAAGUCUUAUUUUCCUUUCCUCAUACUAAUUAUUACUUCUGCUCUACUGAUUUGGGACGAAAAGAAUUUGAAGAGGCUUAAAAGCAGUGGAAAGUUAAAGAAAGUUCUUUGGAGACUAGGAAUUUUGGUGGGUUACUUUUUCAAGCUCAUGCCAAUGCUAUCAGAAAUGUUAUGAUGCCAGAAAUCAACUUUUUAGCUCACAGCUCAUAUCCUUUGAGCUUUUU